AUGUCGGCAAAUCCAUUAUUACCACCCAUGUAUCUUCCCGGACAAGAGCCAAUGCCUCCGGGAACGACACCGCAAGAGAGGGAAGAAUUCCAACAGAUGUUAAAAUAUCAGAAGAUGAUGGGAACUGUAAUGGAGAGUUGUCCACUCAAGGUGGUUAUGGCAGGAGGAGCAGGUUUCCUCAUGGGAGGUUUCUUCUCCCUCAUGUCGGCUACUUUCGCAUAUGAAGACCCUCUAUCUCGAGCCUCUCGAGACGUAGUUGGUACUCGUGCUCAAACUGCGUAUGUGUUCAAAGAGAUGGGAAAGAGUAUGUGGAGAAGUGGGAGAGGUUUCGCUAAGGUUGGUGCGUUGUAUAGUGGGGUAGAAUGUGGGAUAGAGGGGUAUCGAGCGAAAAACGAUCUGACAAACGCAGUCUCAGCUGGGUUCGUAACAGGUGCUAUUCUAGCUCGUAAUUCCGGUCCAGUAGCUAUGGCGGGGGGAGGUGCUGCUUUCGCGGGGUUUUCAGCGGUCAUAGAUUGGUGGUUACGACGUCCACCAGCGGAAGAGAUAUAA